AGAGGGAGCAAACGGUGACUCGAAGGCGUAAAGAAAAAGGAAAAGGCGAAAUCACUCCGAGGAGGUCGCAUCGGGUGCGUAUCUCUUUUGUUCCCGUGGUCGAUUGCUGGUUUCUACUGGUUCCUGGAAAAGUGAUUUGCCGUAUCGUGUAACAUUCUUCACCUAAAGUGAGUUGGCCCGGUUUUGCCAUCGCCUUGAGCGGAAGAUAUACCGUGCGUGCGUGUGCGCGUCGUGAAGACGGGUCGACGGGCGUUGUGGCAGAAGUCGGUUUUCCGUGUGUUUCAAAGAAAAAAAGCAAGAAAUUUGUGAAAAACAACAUCCAACACACAUCACAUCGCGCUCCUCACAGGAGAGGAACAGAGCUGCGCAAAACCGGUGCAGUGUGUUGUGUACGGUGUGUGUGUGUGUAGAAGUGAGUCUGUUUUUUAAUUGUGCACCGACCGGAAAACCGGAAACCGGAGUCGCCUUCCCAUCCGGGGCUACACAGCACAAACCACCGUCUCGGCACGGCGAAAGUGGGUCUGUAAAAAAAAGGGAAAGGAAAGCAUCAUUCUCUUUCACCAAACGCCCAUAUUUGGUACGGGGACCGGUCCCUAGGCCUGCUGCAAUUCUGUCUCUUAUCAGUAUCAGUGGUACGGAGAGAGUGAGAGAGAGAGAGAGCGGUUGCUCGGCUUGCUGUGCCCAAACGUCAAAAGCCGGCCCCAUUUGACAGGUGUGGCGGGGCGACUACGCAGCGCGUUGUGUCUGUGUGCAUUUAUUCUUAAAUCGUGAGGAAAAGUUGUUUUUUUUUUACUUUUGCUGCAGUGAAGAGUGAAAUACCGUUUCGACACAUUCCCCCCGCAAACUCCCUUUAAACAACGCGCAACCUCCCCCCAAGGGGAUUCAAUCUGAUAAGAGCAAAACUCAAAGCGGAAAGCGGAAAACGCCCCAGAACGAUGGAAACAUGUUUAGUACGUAGCGGCCACCAAGCACGUUCGUAGGAAUAUGUAGGACGAAAACGUGCCCCACAAUCAUCAACAUCCGGCGGUGGCAAUUUCACUGCACAUCGAGUCAUCAGACGGGGAGAGAGCGAGAGAGUGAGGCAGCAGUACGCAGAGGGAAAUUAGAUUUGCAGCUAACAACGAGAAAGAGUGAGAGAAAGAGAGAGAAGUGAGAGUAUCAUUAAAACGCCCCGGGAUCUAGCUCCCGGUGUGGACGGAACCGCUUCCUGUGAAAACACUAAACUCGACCCUUGUGUGGUGAUUUGGUAACCGAGAGCCACAAACAUCAUCAUGCCGCUUCCGAAGCGCCUGGUGCAGCCGGUGUUCGUGGCACGGUCGGUGUACGUGCGCGAGGAGCUGCCGGCGGAGCUGGAAACGGUCACCAACACGACGCUGACGAACAUCGUGCGCCAGCUGUCCUCCCUGUCCAAACAUGCCGAAGAUCUGUUCGGUGAGCUGGCGCGGGAUGCGGGUGGGCUGGCGGAGCGCGCCAACUCGCUGCAGGCGCGCAUCGAUCGGCUCGCGAUAAAGGUCACGCAGCUGGACAGCACCGUCGAGGAGGUGUCGCUGCAGGACAUCCAGAUGAAGAAGGCGUUCAAGAGUGCCACCAUGUUCGACCAGCAGAUCUUCUCCCGGGCGACCAUGCCCUCGGCAAUGCUGGAGGUGUAUAAGACAUGCGACAAACCACCCCCUCUGGACAAGCUCAAUUGCUACCGGGACGAUGGCAAGGACGGGCUAAAGUUCUACACCGAUCCGAACUACUUCUUCGAGCUGUGGCGGCAGGAGAUGCUGAAGGACACGGAGCGCGUGAUGCACGAUCGCGGCAAGAAGGUGCACAAACCGCGGGCGGACGGUGGCGCCGACGGGGGCGGCCGGCAGAAGAAGCGGCCCCGCGCACCGCACAACACGCGCGAGAAGCAGCGCCAGCGGGCGAUCGGCCAUGGCGAGACGCUGAUGCCGAACAACGUCAUCUACCGGACGCCGAACGCGAUCAUCGGCUCGCAGGAGGAGGCAAUCUACAACAGUGCGAUGGCGGCGGCCGGCGGCAGUAUGAUAUACGAUUCCCGCUCCUCCUCGGCGAUGGGUGGCAGCAGCAGUGGCGGCGGCGGUGCCGCCCGUCCCAACUCGAUCGAGCUGCGGCGCAGCUACCAGCAGCCGAACGAAAUGGUGGACGGUGGGGGCUAUGCGCCACCAUCCCCGGGCGGCGGCGGCGGCUACCACCAGCAGAUGGCCGUCCAGAUGCAGCAGGGCGGUGGUGUGUAUCAGCAGCAGCCGAUCUACGACCAGUACGGCAACCCGUCCGCCAUGUACGGCGCGGGCACGAACCAAAUGUCGCAGGAAAGUUUGUACGCGCCGGGGACGCCUUCGCGGUCGAAAUCGCGCCCAUCGCAGCCACCGCCGGCACCGCCCUCGUCCGGCAGCGGGGGCGGCACACCGAACGCCUCGAACGCUAACACGCCCACGCGCAGCCGCAGCCUGUCGACCGGGCGGGACAAUCUGCCACCGCCGCCACCGAUCCCGGAGGGUCUGCAGUCGCCGCCGCACGGCCUGAGCAACGGGGGCACGAGCGUCGCCGCCAAGCUGCUGCUGAACCGGUCCGGUUCGCGGGCCGGAUCACCGCAGCUGGGCAUGACCGGCGGCCCGCAGCAGCAGCAGCAGCAGCACCAGCAACAGCAGCAGCAACAACAGCCCCAACAUCACCACCAACAGCAAGUGGUCGUGCAGUCGAUGAUGGACCAGAACCAGAUUGCGCUCGCGCAGCUGAACCAGCAGAUCAACAAUCUGAACAAUCUCAAUAUGCAGCUGAACCAGAUGUCGAUGAACGAUCUGCCGCCGCCGCCACCCAUCCCGGAACAGCUAUCGCCCAAACAAUCGCCUCCAAAUGUGGCACCUCCGCCUCCUCCACCGCCACCGCCCAUGCUGGAUGGGCCGCUAAGCCCGUCGAAGGCACCGGUCGCGAACGGUGACCUGUACAACAUGCCCAAGAUGCACCAGCUGAAGAAGAUUCCACCCCAGGAGAAGAUAACCUACGAUGAUCCGCGCAGCGAUUUAAUGAAGGCCAUCAGGGAUGGUAUCAAACUGCGCAAGGUGGAGAAGCAAAACCACGAGGCGAAGGAGAACGAUCGCAACAAGGGCCUGCACGAUGUGGCCUCCAUCCUUGCCCGUCGCGUCGCCAUCGAGCUGUCCGAGUCGGAGUCGUCCGAAAGCGACGACGACAGCGAGGGCUGGCAGGAAACGAACGAAACGUCCGCAUGACAUCAGGAGAGCGUGGCGGCGGGCGGCGGUGGCAAGAAGAAGUGAAACAAGGUGUAGCGCCUCUUUCGAUAGAGCGCUUCCUUCUCCUGCCCUCAUUCUCCCCCGCAUGUCGCAUCUGCUGCUGUGUAGUGGUGGUUGAAGCGAUAUAAUCGCUAUUUCAAACCACUGCUGCUGGGCGUGUGGAAGUGGUUGUGGUGAAAAAACAAGGAACCCCAGGCAAAGGGAUCGCUCGAAACGGAAGGAGGACAACAAAGACGGGUUUUUGUUUUCGCGAUAGUUUUUGAUGCGCCCCAUGAUGCAGUGUAUUUAUUUUGAAGGCACAACCCACUCACCACUACCAACGUGGUGGGGCGUAGUCAAGCAAUUUGAUUUCCCUGCCGGUGGCUGGGACUGGCCCUAAAGAAAUGAUCGCGAAAUGAUGUAGGAAGACACAUUUAUAUUCGAGAUUAUAUUAAUAAUAGGUUGUAUUUAGCGCCAGGCGGAGUGGGUAAACGAAAAGCUAAGGCGAUUGUAUCGAUUAAGUUCUGAUGUUAAGUUGUACAAAGAUAGUUUUCCACUAUUUAUACACACGCGAGAGAAGAAGAAGCCGCUGGCCCAAACAAAAUAUGGGAGGGAAAAGGUGAGGUAAUGUGGUUACCACCCGGUCACACGAUGAUCGAAGGGAGGCGAGAGAAAUGAAGGAGCAAGGUCUCACUCACUCUCUUACUUUGUUGCGGAUACAUACUGAACAUUCUUGUAUAGAUUAUUUUGUUUUCUUUUGUUUUAGAAUGUCCCAUUUUUUCCCUCGAACAUGAUUAACUCUAUACUAGGAUGAAGGCAAAAGCUGGGUAUGUGUCUCACAGACACUACCGUGGCGUAGGAUCAUUUAAAAGAAAACAAACACUUACUGGCGCAUACACAAGUAGAAAAAUGCUGCCGCCGACGGUCCUGCUGGUGCGGGACGAAACGUUGCAAACACACACAAGCACAGGCGUGCACACACAAAGAAGGAGCCAGCAAUUUGUACACGUAAAAGAAAGGGACAACUUUGUAAACGUAGCCGUACACCAAUGUAGUUCUGUAAGCAGUUAGACGACGAGAAGAUGCAAACGAAAAUGCCAAACAGAGAACGAAACGACGAGUGCGAUGGAGGGAACGAAGAUAGAGAGGUAAAGCAUUUUUUGUGUUAAUUGUUAUCCUUAAAUGAGAUAGCGAUCCAUCAUUCUGGAGGGGGGGGGGGGGGAUAAUGAAUGAAUACAUUCAAGCAAAAGCUGUUGCAAAAAGCGUAACAAAAUAAUCAAAUCAAAUGGGAAAGUAUAAUUAACAGCUUUCCAAUUGUAAAGCUCGCAUUUAAUGAUCCCAAAAUUAGUGGCAUUAGUCUGGCCCGGUUUAGUUCAGGCACUUUAGGCAAGCCUAUCUCUCUCACUGGCUAGUGAUUGUUUUGUGGAGCUAGUUAUCUGGGGACAUUUACUUUCUAAAUAGCUGGAUUAAAAUGAGUUUCAUCCAUUUUUUGCUUUAUCUAUUAUCUUUCGGUCGAGUGUUCUCGUUUGUUGGUGCACUCACAGCCGUCGCUGUUUCCGUUUUCGGUAAAAGAAAAACAAUAUUCCUACUGUCACAGUCAAAACCACACUAAACACAACGAUUUAAAUGCGCUUUAUUUAGCUUAUAUGUAAAAGAAGAAGAAGAAGAAAAAAACAUUUAUUUCCUGAUACAAAACAAGAGCAUAAGAAAAGAAAACGGGGAAAUUAUUAUGCUACACAAAAAAGACAUUAAAAUUAAAAUAGCUACAAAUAGAACAAGCUGGCAAACAGAAUUUGCUGAAACCGCUGUGUGUGUAGUGCUGUAGUGUGAGGCAAAGGUAACACAAUUUCCGCUUGCUGCCCCUUGCGCGUAGAUAUUGUUGCAUUAGUGAACAAAACUUAAAGAACUAUUUAAGAAUCGUCAACGCAAACGCAAAACAAACCAAACACACCAAAAUCGCUCAAAACUGUGCAUGCAUUGUUAGGUCAGCUUUAAAGUGUGUUUUUUUUUUAUUAUUUCCCUUCAUGAAAACAGUUUUCCGAACUAAUUGUGUAUGCUAUUAAUUGAAAAAAUACUUCUUCUUCCUAAUCAUUUUCUACUUUUUCUUCAUUAUAUCAUGUGCUUGAGCUUCUAUUCGGCCAACCCGUGUGCUACCAGUGUGUAAUGUUAAAUUAAUUUGAAUUAAUAUGAAAUGCUCAAAGUUUUCCCUUCACAAACCUAAAAAGCUCACAUUUUGUAGGUCUAAAAUGCUUAAGCAAAUCAAAUGCUCUUUCGCUCGCUAUUGCUAUUAUUCGCUUGUUAUUAAAUGCUCAGCAAAGCUUGUCCCUGCCCUGGAGCUUUACAGCUUUUAUCUUGCUUAUUGGAAAUUUCUUAUUGGAAUUCAAAACAUCAAUUAGAAAACGUAGAAAAGGCAACAAUCCUUAUAUGAAGGCAAAUUUAUCGCGAUUCUUAUUUCCAGUGCAGCAAUGUUGCUACCCAUCAGGACAGCAGCUUGGUGUUGAGCCAAGAGCAAAAUACCAAAUUUCAGGAACGAUCCGAACAGGGACAGAGGAUGCGAAACGAUCAUCUACAGUUAGAUUAGAGAUCUCUUCUACGCUCGAAUGCAAUUGCAACUCAAAUAGCCAAAACAGAGUAAUCAUUCGAUCAAAGUCAUUGAAAAGAUUAGCAAAAAAAAAAAAACAGCAGUAAUACAAAUAACACACACAAUAUAAAGCGAAUACUAUAUACAUAUAAAUAGAUAGUUAACCAAGUAACACAGCAAAACCAACCAAUAUCUUCCUUUGUACGUGGGUCGCUUGUUGCAGCAACACCCAACAGUCGUGCAUUAAAAAAAAAAAAAAACAAAUGCAAACUGCAAACAAACCAGAAAACCAUUACAAUUUAAUGAAUGUAAGCUAGCGUGGCAGAAACAAUAUAGAACGCGCACACCACCAACCUGUGGUUUGUGUGGGGCAGUUACAAGCCUUUGAUAUUAGGGAAACAAACGGAUGGUGGGGGUGAAUGUUUCAUAAAUAACUAAAUGAAAACAGUGAGCAAAUACUCCUCGAAGGAAGAAGUGGUGUGUAUGUAGCAUUUAUCGCGCAUUGGACGACGCGCAUGAUAAAAAAGGCGCGAGAAGAAAGGGGGAGUGCUAGUCGUGAAGAAGGUAGACUUUUCAUCACCAAACGUUAAUGCGCAAACCACUGCACUCUGUUCAAAGUAGAGUGGUGGAAGUAAGCAAAUAAGCAAAACAAGUUGAUUGGUUUCUGCAUUAAGCUUUAGUCGUUCAUCGUUUAUGAAAAAUAUAGACCACUAGUAGAGAGCAGAAAACAAGCUGAAGAUGGAAAUGGACUGUGUAAAAUUGAACACAAGUGCGGUGGGGGGGGGGGGGGGGAUUUUUAGGUACUUUCCCCCAUCCGGUGUAUGUAUAAAAACAAAUGACGAAAGUAGUCACACAACGUUUUCUCACACGGAAGUUAUUUUAUAUUUUGUUUCCUUUGUUAUUAAAGUUUAAGUUACUGAAGCGCCUCCCCUGAUCCUAUCGUUGUAUGUGUGUAUAGCUUUCCUUUCCCCUUUUUGUUUCGUGCGAAAAGUCCUUUCUUUUUGUACGUGUAUUAUAAGUUCUUUAUACAUAAAAAGGUUAAAAACGCAGCAAAAGGAAACACACAUUGUUUUUUUUUUUUGUAAUGAAAUGUGAAACAAGAAAUGUGAAGCAUAGUAGAAAUUGCUUAACCAGGCAAUAAAGAGGAGAGCGUUUCCAAUAACAUUAAAAAGUAAAGCCAGAAAAUAGUGGAACCAGAAACAAAAUACACAACCACCACUUGGAUCAUGGUAAUUAGACAAACUAAUCGAAGAAAUAAAGUGAAACUUGCAAGAAAAAAAAA